CUGCAGCCCAAACGGAUAUCCUCGGGAAGACGGAGCGCAACAUCCCGUAAACAAACGAAACCGAUUCGACCAGCUAGUUAGACUUCAGCCACCCGUUGGUUUAAUAAUAAUGACCAAGCAGAUUGUAUUUCUCGGUAGCAGCGUGUUUUUCCUGAGCUGGUAGUCGCCCGGCGGGCCCACUGAGCAGCCAUGGAGUCCCGGGGGAUCCAGGACAUGUUUGACUUUCGUCGGUUUCCAAAAGAUGGACUCCUUCUCCUUCUUGUCCUCCUCUACGCUCCUGUUGGUGUUUGUUUGAUGUUACUGCGGAUCUUCAUCGGGGUCCAUGUGUUCCUGGUUAGCUGUGCUCUUCCUGAAAGUUUUAUAAGAAGGUUUCUGGUGAGGAUCAUGUGUUCGGUGCUGGGAAUGCAUGUCAGACAGAAGGAUCCCCUCUCCAGAGACAAGAACACCAAGCUGUACAUAUGUAACCACGUGACCGAGUUCGACCACAACCUCCUCAACCUGCUCACCCCCUGUAGCACCCCCCAGACGGGCGGCUCCACAGGCUUUGUGUGUUGGGCCAGGGGCUUCAUGGAGAUGCACUCAGCCCCAGGGCAGACGGCCCUGGCCGACACUCUCCAGAGGUACUGCUCCACCGACGGCACCCCGGCCCUGCUCCUGUUCCCCGAGGAGGACACCACCAACGGGCGCGCCGGCCUCCUCAAGUUCAGCUCCUGGCCUUUCUCACUGACUGAUCCCAUUCAGCCCGUAGCCCUGCGGGUGACCAGGCCGCUGCUUGCUCUGAGCACACCAGAUUCCAGUUGGCUCAUGGAACUCUUGUGGACAUUUUUUGUCCCAUGUACAGUGUAUCAUGUAAGUUGGUUGCCACCUGUGUCAAGACAAGAAGGGGAAUCUGUGCAAGAGUUUGCCAGCAGAAUCCAGGAGCUUCUGGCCAGGGAGCUCGGUGUGGCCGCCACACAAGUGACAAAGUCUGACAAGGCUGAACACAUCAAGAGGAACCGGCACAGACCGCCACAGACCUCCACAGGUGUGGGACCCGGCUCCAUCGCCAGGGGCUUCAUGGCCCAGAACCUGGGCACGGAGGAGCCGAGGAUCAUCAGGAUGGCCCAGCAGGUGAAGGACGUCCUGCCCCAUGUCCCGCUCAACGUCAUCGCUAGAGACCUGGUGAAAACCAACUGUGUGGACACGACGAUCACCAACCUCUUGGAACUCUCUGAGGACUCUGCGUUGGAAGCCAGCGUUGCCGGAGCCUCCUCGUUCGGCUCAUCCGUGAACUCCUCCCCCUUUUCAUACGAGCCCACUGCCAAGCCCGUUGCCAAAUCCUUUGGGAAAUCGCCAACCGACCGACACAUGUCACUGCAGGAGCGUAAAGACGCGCUGUACAACUACGCAAGAAGCCGAUACAUCGAGAAAUAUGGACUGGACAAGGAAGACGAGCAUUGAAAUAUUCUUUUUUUUUUUUUGGUCAAGCCAAUUCUGAAAGCCCAUCU